AUGUCUUUGUCGCCACAAUUCAGUGAUAAUACAAAUGGCGGUCGAAGAGCACGAACUCCACAGUCGACUGACAGACACGACGCCCGACUCAUCCACUUUGGAGAAAACUGUCCGCUCGCGCCGACCCCGGGGUUUGUUCAGACAGUUGGCCGGUUGAGGACCGCCGCACACCUGUCCCGCGCCCGCAGAGCCGACGAGCUAUCGGAGCCCACCGUUGGGCUAGUAGUGGACGAUCACGAGCUGUAUAAGCGGCCGAUCGCCAGAAGCACGUCGCGAAUAAACGGCGCUAAAAUGUCCGCCAAUAACAUACCGGCGCCGCCUGUGAACAGACAUAUAUCACAGGCCAGUGGUAUCGUGGGAACCGAUAUCUUCGACAACAACCGGUAUAUCCUUUCGCACGGGAAGUGUCACUUUUGGCGUAACUACGCCUACCAAGAGGGCCACCCAUACCUCAAAGUGUCACACGAUGUCCACAUCGAAGACAUCGCGUAUAUAAUGCACCGGAACUGGAGGAUGGAGUCGCCGCGAAUCGUAGCCCUUAUUAUCUCAAACGUGGCGCCACUUCGGGACUGGACUAACGCCAGACAAAUCGCCGCCUUUAAGAAGGGGUUAAUGAAGGCGGCCAACUCGACCAAUAUGUGGAUAUUUACUAAUGGGUUAAAUAUGGGCGCCUCCCGUCUCAUUGGUGAUGCCGUUGAGGACGAGAUCAAGGAGUGGAAGGCCUACCGGGCCUCCAGUUCCGAGAAACCAAUGCCUCACCUUAAUGUGGUUGGAAUCAUGAGGGAAGACCACCUCAGAUACGGUGACCACAUCGACAGCGAAAGGGUUGAACUUCAAAACGAAGGGAACGUAUUCGAGGAACAAAAGUUUGAGUUGAAUGACAAUCACUCGCAUUAUCUGAUAGUGAGAGACAAUACGGUGUCGAAGACUGGGAUCAAUCUAUUUGUGCUGCGAAUCAUACAAUACCUGUCCACUAUUGGCGGGCGCGCAGAGUUCGCCACCGAUUUAGUGGACACGACAUCGGGUCGGUUGAGCCCCGAUGACAAGCUCAUGGCUGCCGACAUGUACUCCCUGACCAACACCGAGAUCCCGGUGGUGUCUAUCGUGAUUCAGGGCGGCUACGACUGCGCUCGACUAGUGCUCGAUCACCUAAAACGCCGUCAGCCGGUGGUGGCGCUGAGGGGGUCGGGCGGGUUGGCCGACCUGUUGGCCUUCGCGUACGUCGAGAUGCAACAGAGGUGUCGCGAUUUGGCCAACACGUGGGACACGGAGUACGUCGAGUCCUAUCUGAAGCCGGAAUUGUCGCAAAAAAUCGUGAACCGGUUCCCGAAGCUGCGGAACAACACGUUAGCCCGCAAUAUAUUCCGGGAUCGGGUGCUCGAGUGCGUGCGACUGUCCCGACAGUCCGGUCGCGUAUACCUCAGUGUCUUAAAUAUGCAUAACUCGAGCUGUAAUAUGGAAAACCUGUCGGAGUACCUGCUGAUGGCGUUAUAUAAAUCACAACACUCGCAACACAAGUCUACCGGUGCGCCCGACACGGAACUAUUGCUCAAAGACCUGUACCUGACUCUGGACUGGAACUGCCCGCACGUGGCCCGCAAUGAGGUGAUAGCCCGAGACCCGCAGUGCGUACUGAAGCUCGAGAAGGCUAUGUUUGAGACGGCGCUGACUCGAGCCAAUCGGGAGGAGUUUGUGGACCUAUUCCUGAGCCACGGCUUUCGGUUGCAUAAGUUCCUGACCCCCAAACGUCUCCGCAAUCUAUUCAAACGCAUUCAUAAACAGGAGUUUUUCCGGUCCGUGUGCUGGGAGGGAGUGUUGGGCCACUCGUUUGGCUCUCAUCUGAACAAAGACUUCGUGGACAUAGACCUGAAUUGGCUGAUCGAAAGCUGCACUGAUCUGAAUAAGUUCGUCAGCUCACAGACGCUGGCGCUGAAUGUGAUGGGAAUGUAUCCGACGGACGCGGCCAGCGCUGAACGCAAGGCGCUCGCCAUACUGACCAUGUGGUCGGUGUUCGGCAACCGGCAAAAGUUGGCUAAAGUUUUGUGGCGACACUGCGACCAACCCAUACAUUUGGGUCUGUAUUGGAGUAGUCUGAUCAUCUCAAUGAUGAUGGAGCGGCUGAGUUGGUAUGUCGGCGAACAGAACCUGAAGACCGAACUCAAGGAUCCGUCCAAACUGUUUGCCGACUACGCCGUUGGUGUACUGGACCUGGCGUUCGGUCAGGACGAGCACCGGGCGAACGACGUGCUCAGCGAGACGUCCGUCGACUGGAACUACAAGACAGCGGUGGACAUCGCGGCCAACGCCGGCCUCAGGGGGUUCUUAGCGCACCCUUGCUGUCAGAAAUGGCUGACCAACACAUUCCUGGGCAAUAUUCGGCUCCGGGAGAUGAGUUGGGGUUUGUUUUCAAUACCGCCGUCCGUUAAAAUACUGCUGUCAGCGCUACUCGUGUUCCCGAUGUACAUAUGGGUGCGCUUUCGAGACACCGACCAAAAGACGGGUCAAUACGAUAAGAAUGAGGAACUGGAGGAUGAGAGGGACGCCGUCGAUGAGGAACGGCAUCUGGUUAACGCCGAGAGUCAGGCCCAGAAGGCGGGAACGGGAGGUAAUUUUAGCGCUAAUAUAAUUGGAGGUAUGGGCGACGCGCUGGAGGAAGCGUUGGGAAAGCCGGGGGAAAUCAUAUCGAAAAAUAUCGAUGAGUUCGCGACGAAUGCCCGGCACUACCAGACAGUGAUCCGGAACCGGGAGCUAUUGAUACGCAAACAGCCGCCGCUUAAGAGAAUGGUGUGCGAAAUGUGGUCGGCGCCCAUCACUAAGUUCUGGACGUUUAACAUGUUUUACAUCAUAUAUUUAGCGUUGUCCAGUCUGGCACUGAUGUGGCCCUCGUGUGGGAACUUCUACUUGGACUCCACUGUGUGCGCGUGGACUGCGUUGAUACUGUUGGAGCACAUCCGGCGCACGUUCAUAUUGUACCGGAAGUACACUUCUGUGCCAAUGGUGUUCAAGUGCAUGGAGAUCGUGGCCAUCAUAGUGUUUGUGGUGAUCUAUACGGCCGGCCGGGUAUUCGAUCGCCGACUAUUCUCGUAUUACACGAUGAAAGUGAUGCUAUCCUUUGGGUUACUCUACUUUUAUUACCGCUUAUUCGCCGUCCAUUUGCCGAUUAGUCCCACUUUGGGGCCACUACUGUACCGCCUGAAGCUCAUGAUUACCGUCGACUUUGUGAACUUCAUGCGAAUGGCGCUACUCGUCAUCUGUGGCUCAGGAGUGGUCAUACAGGCCGUCCUAUACCCGGAUCAGCCGUUGAAUCUAACAAUGUUCCGGAUGGCCUUCCACAGGGCGUUCUUCACGUUAUUUUCGACACCGACUGAUGAGCUCGAAGGUAAAUAA